CAUUUUAACCCAGAAGACAGUAGCCCCUCUUGCAAUUUGCCUCUCCGGCUCCCCAGUCUCUUACGGCAAUGGCGGCACUAGAAGCAGCUUUCACUCUCUUCUCCUCCUACCCUUCAUUUUUAUCCUCAAAUUAUGCGUACCCUUUUCGCCAACAAGCUUCAUCUUCAAUAAAUCUUCAAGUUUCCACUUUUACCCCUACCCUUUCUGUCAAAUUCCCCCUUUUAUCCUCUAACAAACAUUCAAGAAAAUCAAGAUUUCAAGUGCUCACAGCAGUUGAGGAGGAGAUUGAAGUAGAAAAAGUAGAAGAGAAUGUUCAAUUGUUUCAAAAAAGAAAGCUUUUUGUUUACAAUUUGCCGUGGUCUUUAAGUGUUGCUGAUAUCAAGAACCUGUUCAGCGAAUGUGGCACUGUCAUAGAUAUUGAGAUUAUAAAGAAGAAUGGGAAGAGCAAAGGGUAUGCAUUUGUCACAAUGUCUUCUCCAGAAGAGGCUCAGGCAGUUGUUGAAAAGUUUGACUCUCAGGAAUUGUCAGGCAGGCUUAUCACUGUAGAGUUUGCAAAGAGAUUAAAAAAGCCUUCCCCACCUCCGCCAGAUAGUGCCCCUCCUGGGAAAGAACGCUAUAAACUUUAUGUGUCCAAUCUUGCAUGGAAAGUGAGGGCAAAUGAUCUCAGAGAAUUUUUUGCUGCCAACUAUAAGCCAGUUUCAACCAGAGUUGUUUUUAAUAAAAAUCCUUCAGGAAAUUCCGCAGGCUAUGGAUUUGUCUCAUUUGCUACAAGGGAGGAAGCGGAGACUGCAAUUUCCGAUUUGAAUGGAAAGGAAUUGUUAGGCAGACCAAUUGCCUUAAAAUUUAGUGAAAAGAGCAUAGAUGAAUCUGCAAGUAAAGAAAUAAUUACUCCCGAGGAACAGCCUGAAGAGUCGUAAACUUCAAAGUUCAAUUUUUGGCUUCCUAAUUGAUUAUCGAUGUAUAAAGAUGAUAUAAUGCAUAUACAUGUAGAAAAAGCUGAUGGAGAGCAUUAUAUUUUCAACAAUCUUGCAUUUACUCCACGUGGGCUUUUGUGAGUACACAAAUUAACUGUUUAUGUAUUUACUUUUAUGUCAGUGUCCAUGUUAUGCAUAAUGUCCAUCAAUAUUUUGUUAAUGUAAAGAUUAUAUAUGAAAGCAUGUAAUUCAUUUGCCUGUUAGCCAGUA